AUGACUGACUUUUUCCAGAUGCUAUGGAACUGGCGUGUCGUAGACGCGUGCUUCCUCUCCGAAUCAUGGCACGUGACCAACAACGCCAUGAUGGCUGCAAGCUGCAUCGGCGCCGCUCUCUUAGUUGUCACUCUCGAAUUCCUGCGACGAGUCAGUUCCGAAUACGAUGCGUUUCUCCUUCGUCAAUUCCAGCGGCAACUCAGAGCACAGCAAGCUGCCUUAGCUGCUGCCACGCCCGCCAACUGCUGCGACGGCCCCACCACAACUCUCGGAACCCAACACGCUACCUUCCGCGCUACAGCACUGCAACAACUUGUUCGCGCUUCGAUACAUGGUUUGACCCUCGGUCUUGCAUACAUCAUCAUGUUGCUGGUCAUGCACUUCAACGGAUAUAUCUUCAUCUCGAUCAUACUGGGUGCUGUUCUGGGCAAAUUCCUGUGCGAUUGGAUGGUAGUUAGGAUACCAUACAACCAGGUCAGCGAGAAGGACGAGAGACGCUCCUCUAUUGAGGCAGCAGGACCAACUGGAUGCUGCGCGUAA